AUGAGAAAAAACCACGCUCGUAAUCCGCAUGAGGUAAUACUGGCUCCCAUUUUCUACCGAGCCGUUUGUUCUCUAAGCGUUUUGGCCGGAUUUAAUGCAGGUCUAAUGACUAGAAAAAUUCGGGAAGCUUCUACACCUGUCAAAGUGCCAGAGGGAGCGUCGUUGGGAGCUGAUAUCUGGCCCCAGAGACUUGCUGUCGCGGUAGGAUCAAACGGAAGUGGCUCAGCAGCACCACUUCCCCCACCUAGCAACUUUCCGCACCGCCAGGGCCCACAAUCAGCAAUCUCUCAAGUUCCCUUCCUUGCCGUUUGGCAACAGCAUCUGGGUGGUACACGUCCUAGAAAGAAUCUGGGCUCAGGAAAGUUCCCGGUGCUACGAUAG